UAUAAAAUUAUAUAUAUUAAAAAUAUAGUCAUGAAUCGAGUUACACUAGAAUGUAAUGAAAAUUAUAAAACCAGACUCAUAAUGCAAAAAGAACUUUCAAAAAUAAACAGCGAUUACCAAAAUUUACACUUAGUAGGUAUAACUACAUCCAAUUUCAAAUCAUUAUCUUAUUAUACAGUUGUACAAUACACAAUAAUCGAACUAAAAACCAUUUUUAAAAUAACAAUAGAAAAAAAUAAUAAAAUAUCAUACGCUUAAUAAAAGUUUCUCAAAUAUUAGUUUAAAUCACUAUUAACAUAAAUCAAAGGCAUUUUUAUUAAAAGCUGUAUUCCUACGUAAAACCUCCGUGUUGUAGAAUAUUUUUGACUCUAUGGCAGGUAAAAUUUUAAAAUUACAAUAAAACGGUCAUUAUAUGUUUUAACGGUUUUUUUUUGUGAGUGACAAUUUUAUUUUUCAAAGCAUACGUUUUCAUUCUUUUUUAUAAAUUAUGUCUGGAAAUAAAUGUGAAUACUUGAACUGCGGAAAAAAUAAAAGACUUAAUAGUGAUCUUAAAUUCCAUAUUUUUCCGAAAAAUGAGAAUUUAUGUAAAAAAUGGAUCUUACAUUCAGGAAACAUUAAGUUGGACGAUUUAAGUCCAAAAACACUGAGGAAAAAAUUUAUUUGUGAAAAUCAUUUUGAAAAUGAUAUGUACAUGUGUAUGAAAAGACAGCGUCUUAUACCUUCGGCUGUACCAAAAUUAUAUCAUAAUAUUGAAGAAUUUGAAAGUAAUAAUGAACACCAAUUGGAUUCAACACAGACUGAAACACAUUUAAAAAGUUCUAAGAGGAAGCUGUUGUUUGAUGAAGAUUUAUCAUUAACAGUUGAUGACAAUAAUACCAACAUGCUACACUAUUCAAACAUUGUAUCCACAUCAGGCACAUUCAUAGUUACUCCUGACAAAAUUAAAGUGCUAACACCAACUAAAAAAUAUACAAAUUUAAAAUCUAUAUCAUCACCACAAUUAAUAUUUCCUAGUCCUAACAGUAUUUCAUCCGAUUCAUCAAGAACAAAACAAUGGGUACAAGAACUGUGUCAAUUACCAUCCCCAACAAUAACAAAAAGAGUAAAACUUAAUAAUGAACAAUUAAUUAAUAUUUGUAAAAGGCAGAAAAAAAUAAUAAAUCGAAAAAGAGCAAUUAUAGCCGUUUAA